UUGUUCAUAAUACCGAUCAGAGAUGGCAAUGCAAGCAAGACAACAACAAGAAGCUGUUGAAGUGGAGGAUGAAACGUUUGGUCCUAUGCCACUGAAUCGCUUGGAGGCUAAUGGUAUUAGUGCUGCUGAUGUGAAGAAAAUGGAAGAGGCUGGAUACUUCACUGUGGAGGCAGUUGCAUAUGCACCAAAGAAAAAUUUACUUGCAAUCAAAGGCAUAAGUGAAGCAAAAGCUGAUAAAAUUUUGGCAGAAGCUGCUAAACUGGUACCUAUGGGUUUCACCACAGCCACAGAGUUCCACCAAAAGCGAUCAGAAAUCAUUCAAGUUACAACAGGAUCAAAGGAACUUGAUAAACUACUUCAAGGGGGUAUAGAAACGGGGUCAAUAACAGAAAUCUUUGGUGAAUUCAGAACAGGGAAGACACAGCUUUGUCACACUCUUGCUGUAACCUGUCAGCUGCCCAUUGACAUGGGAGGGGGAGAGGGAAAGGCUAUGUAUGUUGAUACAGAAGGAACUUUUCGUCCAGAGCGUUUGCUUGCUGUAGCUGAAAGGUAUGGCCUUUCGGGCAGUGAUGUACUAGACAAUGUGGCUUAUGCCAGGGCCUACAACAGUGACCACCAAUCACAACUCUUGAUACAAGCUGCUGCCAUGAUGGCAGAAUCAAGGUAUGCCUUGUUGAUAGUGGACAGUGCUACAGCUUUGUACAGAACAGAUUACUCAGGGAGAGGAGAGUUGUCAGCCAGACAGAUGCACUUGGCUCGCUUCCUUAGGAUGCUUCUGAGACUAGCAGAUGAGUUUGGAGUUGCUGUAGUGAUAACCAACCAGGUUGUAGCACAGGUUGAUGGAGCGGCCAUGUUUACUGCUGAUCCUAAAAAGCCUAUUGGGGGAAACAUCAUAGCACAUGCUUCAACUACUAGGUUAUAUCUAAGAAAAGGGAGAGGCGAGACAAGGAUCUGUAAAAUUUAUGACUCUCCGUGUUUACCUGAGGCCGAGGCCAUGUUUGCUAUUAACGCUGACGGAAUCGGGGAUGCCAAGGACUGAGGUGUAAUAAAUAACUGAUGUGUGAUAAAUUACUGAUUCCAGAUCCAAUCAGAAGUGUUAAAACACUGCUGGGACACCCAGCCCAGAAUUCUUGGGUUCCUAGAAAAUGUGUUACUUCAGGAUUGAAGUGUACAAAGGACACAGUGAGAGAGGGUGCUUUAUUAUCCUAGAAUCUGAAUGCAUGAAAUGCAUUCAAAUUCUUGUACUAUAUCUUUGUGUUAUUUUAUCUUAAAAUUCAUAUGUGCUUAAAUAGAACAGUCAUAUUUUGCUUUAUUAUAUGGAACAAUUUAAAUCUAGAUGUUCAUGUUAGCAGGUGUGUGGCAUAUGCAAAUGUACUGGAGAUUUAUGUAUAAAAUCUUAUACAUGUACAAUAACUCUAUUUGAUAGCAGUAAUACUUUAUACAGGGUUCUUGUCCCCCAUGUUAUUUUCAUCCUUUCACUCUUGCUAACAAAUUUGCCCAAACACAGUUGUGUGAAAGAGAUUAUAAUAUCUUUUUUUGAAUUCAGCCCAUUUAAAAUACGCCCAUUUAUGACAAGGGUGAAAGGGGCCAAAAUAAGCAAAGAUUUCCCAUAGAAGGAGAUGUAUGAAUGUACAUUUACGUGCGUAAACUUUAUAAACUGUUAUUUUCAUUUUAUUCCCAAUAACCCCAUGUCUAUGAUUUGUUUAUGUAUUUCUAUAUGUAGUAAAUUUUUUUUACACAAAUUUGAAUUUGAAGCAGGAAAUUCAAAUUUGUGUAAAAAGGAAUUUGAAGCAAGAAAUUCAGGGAAUGUGUCAGUUGGCAGGCUUUACACUCUUGGUCAUUGUGAAGUGUUAAAAAUGAAAUAUUUCAUGUAGGAAAGACAUGAUGUAUAAAUUCUACUAUCGAGAUUCAAACUUCUGUAAAGCAUUCUAUUUUUUUGCAUGAUUUGAUUUUAGCAUAUCAAUCAUAUUGAAUUCAUUCACAAGUCAUGAGUUUCCUGUUACUUGUAUUGAUGCGAAUUUUGUUUUCAAAUGUAAAAAAUCUUGUGAAAUUUUAUUGGAGUGAAGUUUUAACAAAGUUUUCUACAAUUUACAUAGGGUCUGUACUGUGUUGUUUCUAUAAAAGUGAAUUCUGGAUAUUUAAAUGGUAACAGGAUUUUUAUCAUACAGUGAAACUUCUAAUCUGGACAUAACUGGUUCCAAAGAAAUUGGCCAGAUUAGCCAACAUUCAAGAUUAGAAAACAUUAUAAACAAGUAAAUUUACAAUUUACUGAAAGUAAAUUUACAAUUUAAUUAAUUGGACUUAAAGUUUACAUCAUAUUAGGUAAGAUUUCGAAAUACAUAGCAUCUGUAUUAGACAGGUUUCACUGUAUUCUAAAUAUGUAGAAGAUGGCAAUGUUUAAUUAAAUCUGAAUCAUAUUGAAUAAAACAUUGAGUAAGAAUAUACAUUUAUGUACU